UCAGAAUAGUGUGUCGUUUCUCAUCUGGCUCGAGUGGACAAUCUUACUCCUAGAGCCCAACCUCUCCAGCCCAACCUCAGUCAGCCGAACGAUAUUCCGUCAUGCUCCCGAUGAACCGCGAGUCUCCCAACACAUUAGAUAAAUUCUUCGAUGGGGAAGAAUACACCAGCAAGGACAACCCCGUUUUGCAGCGCACCCAGAAUUUCCGUUCAACCCAGCUCAAGUUCUGGCGGAGGGUGCGAAACACCCUACGCAAGGGUGAUCAGGAGAAAGUCGACCAGGCUGUAGAAGACUAUAAUGUCGAGUACAGUAUUGCAGGUCUAGAGCGUUUGGUGAGCGAAUACCUCCCGACAGUAGACACCGCCAAAGAGAAGCUUGACGAGCGGCGCCAACAACGCGAUAAGAUACUUUCUACACGUGUUCAACGAUUUGUAAACACAUUCUCUGCUUUCUUGAGUUGUUACUCGCAGGUUAUGACCAUUAUGAUUGCGGUCGAUACCCAGUUUGGAGGAGUCGCAGUCCAGGCCUUAUCGAUCCUUCUUGUGGUUGCAGUCAACAAGCAGAAAAGUGAAGACCAAAUAGAAGGCUUACUGGCAAACUUUAAGAAUGCUUUCCCACGUCUUCAAGGCCUCCGGAAUAUAUACCCAACACCAAGAAUGCAGGAACUCAUCGCCAAAGUCUACACGGAUGUUCUUAGCUUUUCUGAAAUGGCAGUUGAGUACUACCAGAAGCCAGCUUUAGAACGACUGUGGCAAGCCGUCGCCAAGCCUCCCGAGAUGGGAGUGAAGAUAGCCGCCGACGGGAUUGUGGCGGAGCUGGCAGAAGUGAAGGAGGAACGAGACUACCUGCUCAACCAACGUGUUUAUCGUUUGGAGCAGCGUGUCGCGGCGCUGACGACGAUGGCCGAGGAUGGGCAGAAACGGACUACGGCGAUUGAGGGAAAGGUGUCGACCAUAGGAAAGGAUCUAGAUAUUGUCCAGAUGCAGCAAAAUGAGAGCCAGGAUCUACUGGCAAGUCUACGACAAGCGCUUGUCCCGGACGACUUCUCUCAUGAACAGCACUUGGAAGAAUAUCAGUCUCAACUGCAGGCUCGUUUCAGAUACGGUUGUGGAAUCAAGGACAUAGCGACCAACAGAUUAUACCAAUCCUGGAGACAAAGCGACCAAUCUCGAACCCUCAUCCUGCGGGGUCGCACAGCACAGACGAAUUCCCCAUUGUCCUGGCUCAGCUCUGCAGCUGUCGAAUUGGUUGAGAGUCUCCGCACAGAAGAAGGCGACUCUGUAAUGAUUGCUUACUAUUUCUGCCGACGUGAAGGCAUGGAGGAUGACCAUAUGCAUACCGCACUUGCUCGCAUGGUUUAUCAUCUCUUCAAGAUGCGACCGGCUAUGUUGAAAGAUCGCCAAACCUACCAAGCAUGGGUGGAUAUACUCGAAAGUACCAAGUGGCAAAAGAAAGACAUCAAAACAGCGUGCGAACUGUUCGUCAGUGUACUGGAUCAACUGGAUCGGGUCUACCUAAUAUUAGACAGACCAGAGACAUGCAAGGCCGGCGAUCCCGGGCUUUCGAGGAUACUCGAGGAGUCACAGCGCUCAGCGUGCGUCUUGAAAACCUUCGUUGUUGUUGACAAGGAUACAGCCGAUCGGGGUGAGGUUGAGAGCUGGAAGGAAUCUGCCCGUGCCAAAACAUUGGAUAUCAUCGAUCUUGACCAGUAG